AUGUCUCAGCGUCCUGGCUUCUCGCGAGUCGAUACAGACAGAGCUGGAGACCCUGCGCCUGAUUCGUCUAGAACCUAUGAGCUCAAGGACUUCGGCGACGAGUCCAAGGGUGGUUUCCAAGCCACCGACGAAGCCUUCGAGCCUAACGAACACGACUUUAAGCCGCCUCCAGAGUACGAUGGAGUUCGCGAGGGCGCUCAGGUCACCGACAAGGUCGAAACGGCGGCUGAUCUCGUCACCAAGGUCAUCCAUAUCGAGGACGAUCCAACCGUCAAUUGCUUGACUUUCCGAACAUUCUUCAUUGGUCUUGGCCUCUCCGCCUUUGGUUCCGUUCUGCAGGAAAUCUUCUACUUCAAGCCUCAGACGAUCUUCGUGUCCCUCAUCUUCUUGACGGUGUGGGCUUACGUUAUUGGCGACUUCAUGGCAUUGGUGAUUCCACGAAAGGGCGCGAUUGGGCGAUUCCUGAACCCUCACCCAUUCAACUCGAAAGAGCAUGCUGCUAUUACUAUAAUGGCAUCGGCUGCCGCCCAGUCAGCGUUGGCAACGGAGGCUUUGGCCGCACAAGAGCUCUUCUAUGGUGGUUAUCCAUCCAAGGCGGCUGGUAUCUUUGCGACUUUGGCGUCGCAGUUGAUCGGAUUUGGUGUCGCUGGUCUGCUCCGUGAAGUUAUCGUUCACCCAACGAAGAUGAUCUGGCCUAUGACUCUGCCCGUGUCCAACCUGCUCGAAACCAUCCAUCGUGACCGGACUGAGACCAAACGCAAGAUGCGGAUCUGGUAUAUGAUCUUCUUCGCCAUCUUCUUUUGGGAGCUUCUGCCCGAGUACAUCUUCACGACUUUGAUUGGAAUCUCUGUGUUCUGUUUGGCAGAUCAGCACAACCUGUUCUUCACAAACUUCUUCGGUGGCGCAACGGGCAACGAAGGUCUUGGUGUACUCAACAUGAGCUUCGAUUGGAACUAUAUUGCUCCUUUCUUCAGCCCUCUGUGGUAUCCAUUGUCGAGUACAGUCAAUACCAUGCUCGGGAUCAUUGGGUGUUAUGCAUUAUUCACAGGGGUGUACUACAACAAUAUCUGGGAGGCCAAGAGCAUGCCGUUCCUGUCGCAAGAGCUUUUCAACCUCACUGCCUCUAACACGACCUACUUCUCCGUCUACAACCAGAGCUUGAUCUUGACCGAUAAUUUCGAGAUUGACUUCGCCGCUCUAGAAGUCCAAGGUGUCCCCUAUCUCACCGCCACCUAUGUCGCCUAUAUCCUCACCACCAACAUGGGACUUACGGCCACCAUUACAUACAUGCUCUUGUGGAACUGGGAUGAUCUGAAGUACGCAUGGGCUUGGGCUCAUCCGUCCAGCCUCCGAAGGAUCUUCCAGAAGGACAACCUCAUGUUCUGGCGCAACCAAGAGACUCCGGCAGAACGAAGCGCACGCAAGCAGAGCGAUCCUAACCUUGACCCCCAUUACAAGCUCAUGCUUCGCAAUGGGUAUAAAGAAGUGCCACUCUGGUGGUGGGCUGCUGUCCUUGUGGGCUCCUGGGUCGUUGGACUUGGUUGCAUGUAUGCUCUUGAGUCGACCUUACCGUGGUGGGGGUUCCUAAUCGCUACUGUCUUCACCUUCAUCUUCACCCUGUUCUUCGGCGCUCAGUACGGUAUGACUGGCUUUGGCUUCAAUCUUCAGCCGAUUUGCCAGAUGCUGGCAGGAUACAUGUUCCCUGGUCGACCUCUUGCCAAUUUCUGGUUCACCUGCUUCACCUACAACGCGACUAACGAAGCGCAAGUCCUCGCCAAGGAUCUCCGCCUUGCGCAGUACACGCACUUGCCUCCUCGUAUCACUUUCGGUCUCCAGAUCCUCGGAUGUCUCGUCGGUGCUCUUUUGAAUUGGGUCAUGAUGAUCACCAUUGUCGACGCUCAGAGGGGCUUAUUGACAGCCAUCCAAGGCUCCUCGAUCUGGUCCGGACAGAACAUCCAGAUCUUCAACUCGGCUGCCAUCACAUGGGCUAUGGCACCUAAGCUGUACAGUAUUGGGCAGCGUUACCAAUGGUGCACCAUCGUCUUCCUGGUUGGCUUCCUGGUUCCCCUACCGAUGUACGCUAUGUACAGAUGGCGAGGCAACAAGAAACUCUGGAGCUACAUCAACCCCUCGAUUAUUCUAUGGUUCAUGGGUAACUUGUUCGUGGGCAUCAACGCUGGCUUCACGACCUUCUUCAUGAUCGCGUUCACCUUCCAAUGGUAUCUCAGGAAGUACCAUCCCAAGUUCUUUGUGGAGUGGAACUACCUCAUCUCAGCCGCUCUCGAUGGUGGUACCCAGAUCAUGAUCUUCAUCCUGACAUUCGCCGUUGCUGGUGGCAGUGGUGUGGCUCAUCCAUUCCCUACAUGGGCUGGAAAUCCCGAUCUUUCUGUCACCAACACAGACCAUUGCAUGGUCAACCCUGGUAACAUUGGGUGA